AUGAUCGUAGAACGCGCCUCGUAUAACUGGGCCUACGCGGAGGAUAUCCCCGGUUCGCGAUGUGGACCUGAGGAUGGGCCCUGGCCGCGCUCCUACCAGGUCCUUAACGAGGACGAGCUGUGGCGCGAACUCAGGAUACUCGCGAAGCCGCAGAGCAUGUCCCUGCCCUCGACAACCAAGGAGAGAUGGAAAGCUGACGCGCUGAAUUUCCAACCCUCACCGUCGACAAAGACGCAGGACCGAUACGUCGUCACACAGCUGGAUAUCCACGGCCGACUGUGGACUUUUACUGGUGUCUUUGAUGGCCAUCUGGGUGAUGUCACUGUCGAGCACGUUGCACAUCAUUUGCCCAUCAUUGUCCGCGAGUUCUUACAAAAAGCACUAGAGAACGGCGCCGCGUACACUCCGCAAUCCAUCUCAGACCUCUUUGUGCACGCUAUAGAGGCCUUUGACGACGCCAUCGCACAUGAUGUCUUGGAUUUGUUCGGCGGCUCUGUGGAUCAGCUGGACAACUACACAGACGCGCAGAUCCGGGAGACGAUUAACGACCAGCACAAAGGCGGCGCUAACUGGAGGAAAACCAGACUGUGCAUGUAUGGCACGACAGCGCUUGUAGCGCUUGUUGACCCCGAUCACCACAAUCUCUGGCUCGCCAACCUUGGGGAUUGCCAAGCGUUUUUUGUUUCACAAGAUCCCACUGCGCAGGACUGGAAAGUGGAAACGCUAACGACUAGCCAUAACGGGGAUAACGAUGCCGAGGUCGAACGGGUGCGCAAAGCCCAUCCAGGCGAACCGGAAUGUGUCAUCGAACGCCGAGUGCUCGGAGCCCUCGCCCCAACGAGAUGUCUUGGAGAUAUCCCCUUUAAGCAACCCCCGUCAUUCACGCGGAGGAUCCUGUACAACCUCUUCCCCGGAUUCCAUAACACCUCUCCUUGGGAAGAAUUCCUAGUCCGGAAUCGCACACCCCCAUAUAUAACUGCCUCCCCUGAGGUUGUCCAUCGGCGAUUGGAUAGGAACACCUCGGACACUUCGCAACGGUACCUUAUUCUCGCAUCGGAUGGUUUCACAGAUCUGUGUAGCGGGGAAGGUCAGAAACGGGUUGUGGAGAGCUGGGCUAGGGGGAUGGCAGCGCAUGAUCCAUCCGAAGGCAUCACAGACGCUGAGCCUGGGUCGAGAAGCGAUAAUAUGGCGCUCAGACUACUCCGGCGCGCCUUGGGCGGUGAAGAUCGCUUCGGCGUUUCACGAGUGCUCACCCUGGACAUGGACGUCGCUUGGAUUGAUGACACAUCAAUCGUGGUUCAGUUGCUUUGA